AUGUCUGUUGUUUCUCUUCUUGGCGUCAAAGUUGUCAACAACCCCGCCAAGUUCACCGACAAGUACGAAUUUGAUAUUACCUUUGAAUGCCUUGAGCAGCUUGAAAAGGAUCUCGAGUGGAAGCUCACCUAUGUCGGAUCUGCCCAGUCUGAUCAAUAUGACCAAGAGCUCGAUUCUCUCCUUGUUGGCCCAGUCCCCGUUGGUGUGAACAAAUUCAUCUUCGAGGCUGAUGCGCCUGAUACGUCACGAAUCCCCGAUGCUGAUAUUAUUGGUGUGACUGUGGUUCUCCUCACUUGCUCAUACGACGGCCGCGAAUUCAUACGCGUUGGAUAUUACGUCAACAACGAAUACGACUCGACGGAGCUAAAUGCUGAACCUCCAGCGAAGCCUAUCAUUGACCGGGUCAGGCGUAACGUACUGGCCGAUAAACCUAGGGUGACUCGAUUUGCCAUUAAAUGGGACUCGGAAGCAUCUGCCCCCGCCGAGUUUCCUCCCGAGCAGCCUGAGGCUGACUUGGCAGUCGAUGAAGAAGAAUAUGGAGCCGACGAGGCUGCUGAAGAGGCUGCUGAAGAGGCAGAAGCUGAAGCUAGUGAGAAGCUCGCUCCUGCUGCAGGCGAAGAUACCGAAAUGGGAGACGGCGACCAAGAAGCGGUAAACCCUAACGAAGACAACGAGGAUGCUGCUUCAGACGCCGGCAGUGUUGACGGCAGUGUCGACCUGGAGGGCGAGAGUGAGGACGAGCUCGAUGAGGAGCUCAUCGAAGGCGAAGGUGAAGGUGAAGGUGAAGAAGCCGGCGACACUGCUAUGGAGGUGGACGCCGAGAAGUCUAGCAACGCCGCCAGUGCCCAGCGUGUGAGCGUUGCUUCCUAA